AUGCGUAUAUUAUUGCUUUUAACUCUUUGUUUUCAAUGUAUCUCCUCGAAGAUUCAUCAUCUCACUUUAAGGGGAGAUGCCCGUAGAAAUAUUCCUCUAACAAGCUUCGGUUAUGCUGAGGGAGGCACUUUUGAUCUCGUACUAAUUAAUUUCACCGUCCCAGAGUCCAUUCUUGAAAAAGUCGAUUCCAGGGAGAAUGCUGAUAAAUCGGGAGUGAUCGGUUUUUCAUUGUCUCGAGGUAAUUCUAUCGCAUCGGGAGUUGGAUCCAAUCCUCACGUUUGCCAGCUGCAGCAGACUGAUCAAGGUUUCGAUGCCCUUUUCUUCUUCGCAGAUCUUCCUCAAAAACGCUUGCGUGUGUUCCGAUCCGGAGCAGGAAAGCAGAUCCACCUGUGUCCAUCUCACGACGAAUGUGCUAAGGACGCAACGGUGGUGCAGCCAGUGAGUGAUGACCUAGACAACAAUCCACCUGUACCUGUACCCCCGGUGCGAGCCCGCCGUGAUGGUGAGGGAUGGCUGGACAAGUUCAAGCGAAUUCUUUCUGGUGGAGAUUCUGGGAAGCCAUAUGAAGACUUUGUUCCUUUGGUGCAGAGGGAUUUGUUGUACUCUGCCAAUAUAUCGAUCCGUUUUCCGUAUGACCUACGCGGGAAAUAUCAUUUUAUCUACCAUAAUUGCUUUAAUUAUCGUGCGCAUGGGUACAGUGAUCGAGUCGCGGUUGAUUUUACGGUAUGGAUUGUUGAGAAAAAUGUUGGUUCAUUCCUUUCUGCUGGAGACAUACCAAAGCCUCAACUUUUCCUUUACGUUUCACUUGCUUUUGUUCUUUCUGCCGCUUUAUGGUGCAGGCUUUUAUGCUUGUCCAGUCAUGCCAAUGUUUACCGUGUGCAUGGUCUAAUGACGGCACUGGUACUCCUGAAAGCUGCAUCAUUGUUCUUCCAUGGUGUCAACUUCUUCUUUGUGAGCAAAUAUGGGCAACAGAGUGAGAUCUGGGCAGUCGUUUACUACAUAACUCACUUGCUGAAAGGUGCUCUGCUCUUUGGCACAAUAAUCCUCAUUGGCACAGGAUACACAUUUUUCAAGAAUUUCCUCACAGAACGCGACAGAAAGGUUUUCAUGGUGGUCUUGCCUCUUCAGGGCAUGUUUGGGCGUGGAUAA